AUGACAUCAUCAUCUGACUCUACGGUUUACCUUGUCACCGAAGAAAUGCUUCAAGAAAUAAGUGAACAAACGAAUAUAUACGCAACACAAAAAAGAUCAACGAUUACUUCGAAGCGUAUGAAUCGGUGGGUCCUUACCAUUAAAGGGGAAAUCAAGCGCCUUUUUGGACUCAUUAUUUGGAUGGGCUUCGUAAAAUUGCCAAGUAUAAGUUUAUACUGGUCCACAGAUCCAUUGUAUUAUCAUCCGUUCCCCAAAAUAAUGAGCAGAAACCGUUUUGAGAUACUUUUGAGAGUGCUGCAUUUCACAAACAAUGAAACAACGGAUGUGACAAAAUGUUUAUGGAAAAUUCAACCAAUUUUAGAUGAGCUGAACAAAAAUUUCAAAAAGUAUUACAAUCCAUCAGAAUUAAUCUGCAUCGACGAAUCCAUGAUUCCGUUUCGUGAACGGAUAUUAUUCUGUCAGUUUAUGAAGCAGAAAAGGCAUAAAUACGGUAUAAAAAUUUUCAAACUUUGCUGCAAGUUUGGAUACACGUAUAAUUUCUGUGUCUACAGUGACAAAAUGGCAGAUGAAGUAAAUACAACCCCAUCGAAUGUCGUUAUAAAUUUGUGCCAGGGUAUAUUCCACAAAGGCCAUACAGUAUGCACAGAUAAUUGGUACACAAGCAUAAACUUAGCUAAACAACUUAUGGAACGAAACACGUACUUGAUGGGUACUCUUCGAAACAAUUGGAAAGACAAUCCAAAAGAAGUAGUGGCCAAAAAACUGAAGCGGGGAGAAUGUUUUGCGAAAGAGAGUCGAGAAGGAAUUACGAUUCUAAAAUGGAAGGAAAAGCGUGAGAUGCUAUUACUGUCCACUAAGUAUUCAGUAGAAAUGGAACCUGUUCGCACAAAAAGACAAACUGUCAAUAAACCAAAAAUCGUAAUUGAUUAUAAUGCGGGAAAGAAAUCUAUCGACCUUUCGGAUCAAAUAGCCGCAUACAGCAACCCGCUACGAAAAACAAUGAAGUGGUACAGGAAAUUAGCCUCCGAACUUCUAUUAAAUACCGCUGUUGUAAAUUCCUUUUUCAUGUAUCAAGAGACAACAGGCCACAGAAUAUCUAUAACAGAAUUUCGCAAAAAGCUGAUUCAGGCAAUAACACAGAGCAACAAUGAAGAAACUGAUAGCACAACACAACUUCGGCAUCAUUUGAUAAAAAAGGAAGGUCGUGUUCAUAAAACUCGGAGAUAUUGUACUAAUUGCUAUAACAGGAUUUCCCAAACGUUAGGUUCAGAGAUGGCGAAGAAUUCAACACCAAAAUUAUGUGGAAAUGUGGCAUCAUUGAAUCCAAAUCAAAUACAGAAGCUUGGAGAGAAGAAUUACGAAUCUUGGAAAAUUCAAGUUAGAAGUCUCUUAGUAUAUAACGAAUUAUGGGCCUAUACAAAUGGAACGGAAAUAAGGACUGAUGAUAAUGUACGCGAGUGGACGAACAGAGAUGAGAAAGCAUUGAUUCUAUUGAGUGUUGAUGAAACUCAAUUAAAUCAUGUAAAAAGAGCGGAAACUUCACGCGAGGCUUGGGAGAACUUAAAAAAGGUACAUGAAUCGAGAGGUCCCGUUCGAAGAGCCGCAUUAUAUAAACAACUUCAUAGAAUGAAAAAAGAAUCAAAUCAAUCAAUGACACAAUACAUUAGUGAAUUUCAACGUAAAGUUGAACAACUGGAAGAGGUAAGGAUAAAAAUUCCAGAUGAACUUGUGACUGUAAUGGUAUCAAGGGGGGAAAUACCUUUAGAACCUUAA